AUGUCUCUGUGGGGGGCCACUCUGGGCCUUCUCCUCCUGGUUCCUCUGGUUCCUGGAGGGUCCAGCUCUCCACCGUGUCCUUUCAGCUGCAGAUGUUACAGCCUCACAGUGGAGUGUGGCUCCACCAGUCUGAGGGAGGCCCCGAAGCACAUGCCCCCAUCCACACAGACCAUCUUCCUGCAGGACAACCACAUCACUCACCUCCGCAAACAGGACCUGGCCCCGCUCCGGCACCUGCACUACCUCUACCUACAGAACAACAGUAUCUCGGCGGUGGAGCCGGGGUCCUUCGAGCACCAGGCCCAGCUCCUGGAGCUGGCUCUGAACGGGAACAGGAUCCACCUCCUCAGCCCCGACCUGUUCCAGGGCCUGGACCACCUCCGCAUCCUCUACCUGUCCCGCAACGACAUCACACGGCUGCAAGACCACAGCUUCAGGGGCCUCCAGCGUCUCCAGGAGCUCCAUCUUCAGCAGAACAGCAUCGAGGUGCUGUCGGAUCAGGCUCUGUCCGGUCUCUCCUCUCUGGCCCUGCUGGACCUGAGCCGCAACAACCUCCACACCAUGAGCCCCGUCUCCCUGAGGCCCCUGGUCAGUCUGCAGGUGCUGCGCAUGACGGAUAACCCGUGGCGCUGUGACUGCGCGCUGCACUGGCUGCGCCGCUGGAUCGAUGAGGAGGGUCAGAGGCUGCUGAGCUCCGCCGAGCGCCGCCUGGUGUGUGCCGACCCCCCGCGGCUCUCCCUGCUCAGUCUGGUGGAGGUGCCGUUGAGGAGCCUGGUCUGCAUCCCCCCCGUGGUGCAGCUGGAGCCCCGCCGCCUCGCCGUGCGGCUGGGGGAGAGUCUGCGGGUGUCAUGCCACGCCUCGGGGUACCCCCGCCCACAGGUGACAUGGAGGAAGGCGUCCCAGGGGAAGACGGCCCUCUCCCCUCGGGGCCUGGUGCAGGAGCCUGGGGCUGGUGUGGUGGGUCGGGCUGAGGGCCCGUCAGAGGGGCCCUCGGAGGCGGUGCACAGAGUGGAGCGCUUCGACCCGGACACCGGUAGCGGGAUGUUGUUCCUCAGUAACGUGACGGUGGGCCACGCCGGAUUCUACGAGUGCGAGGCUUGGAACGCAGGGGGCGUGGCCAGGGUCACCUUCCAGCUCGCCAUCAACUCCUCCACCUCCAUGUGGGCCUCGUGGUCCCAGCUCUCCUCCCACGCCCCGGCCUGGCCCCGCCCCCGCAACCACGGCCCAGAGGUGUCGCGAGAGCCGCUGUACGCUCUGGGCAGCAUGGCCUUCAGCGCCCUGGGCCCCGCCACGCAGACCGCCAUCGCUGUGGGCAUCUCUCUGUUAGCUCUGACUGCUCUGCUGCUGCUCCUGAUGAUCUACAGCAGGCAGCAGCAGACAGACAAGGACCCCCAGCACCCGGAGAGCAAGGAGGAGAGUAUCCUGUAUGUGAACGACUACUCGGACGGCCCCACCACCUUCGCACAGCUGGAGGAGUACCGGGACGAGCGUGGCCACGAGAUGUACGUCCUGAACCGCGCCAAACCUGUGCCUCCGCCCGUGGUUCCGCCCGACGUCAACACUGCCGCCCCCCCAACUGAGAGCUCCACCCACUGCUCCACUCAGGGGCCGCCCUCCAGCCCCCCCCAGGCCCCCAAACAGCUGGACGACACGCGGACUUUGAGAAGGAUGGCAGGGGAAGGAGGAGAAGCGGAGCCGGUGCUGACGGCCGAGUCUGAGGGCCUGUACCUGAACCACAGCGGACUGUUCAUAGACUCUCAGAUCGCCUACGAGAUCCACUGCUGA